GGUAGCUAAGCCAAGGGCCGGGCUCACCCGGAAGCGCUGGGCCCCUGGGGCAGCCCCGGCACCCCUCGGAAGUGCGCCAGACCGGGCAGCAGGGUCAGAGCAGGCGGUUGUGGCCCUGCUCCCUCCUCCGCCCUCCCACACCCGGCCUUCCUCUGGGCUCUCUGCAUCAUCGAGGAUUUCCUCCCACCCCAUUUCCUGGCGCGACCUCCUGCUCUCCCUCCAGCCUCUUUUCUGGCCGGCGCCACCUCCCCAGGCCUUCCCCUUCCCUCCUCCCCGACCUCCGCAGAGACCUGUUUCCACCCGCUCCUGGAGCCAGGCCGGAUGAGAGCAGAUUGUGUCCCAAAUGACCGAACCAGGAAGGAGAAUGCUGGUGAUUGUUUCCUGUGGAGCUGCAGCUUCUCCUUUCAUUUUGCAGCCGGGGCUGGCAGGAUGAAAGAGGUGGAGAAGCUGGAAAGCCUCCGAGAAGACUGGCUCUGCGAGUCCGGAGCUGAAGGCCAGAGUCACCGCGGCAGCCAGGCCGGGAGCUGCGAGCUCUUCUUCGACAGCCUCCUAGAGGAAGCUCAGAGAGGCGGCUCCGAGCACCUGCCCUCUGCCGCUGCCGUGACACAGGCCGACGUGAGCAUCAAGCUCUGGCAGAACGGCUUCACGGUGAACGGGGAGUUCCGCAGCUAUGGGGAUGGCGCCAGCCAGCAGUUCCUGAAUGCCAUCAGGAAGGGGGAGCUGCCCUCGGAGCUGCGGGGGAGGUUCAGCCAGGAGGAGGUGGCCGUCAGGGUGGAGGACAAGAAGGAGCAGGUGUUCGUGCCCAGGAAGCCCGCCUUUGCGCCCUUCUCGGGCCGGGGCCACCGGCUGGGCAGCGCCACCCCCCGAAUCGUCUCGAAGGCCAGCGGGGGGGAGGCCGGGCCCCCGAAGCCCCUGGCGGCCCCAGCCGUCCCCCUGAACCCCUCGGAGCCCGUCACCAGCAUCCAGAUCUGGUUGGCCGACGGCAGGAGGCUGGUCCAGAGGUUCAACGUGUCGCACAGGGUGAGCCACGUCCGGGACUUCAUCCGGAGCUGCGAGGGCUCGCCGAGGAGCGCCCCCUUCAGCCUGGUCACGGCUCUUCCGGGCCUGCGGCCACUGGACGACGCGCUCACGCUGGAGGAGGCGGGGCUGCGGAACGCCGUGGUCAUCCAGAGACGCCCCGCCCCCCGGGCUCCCGCCGUUUGACCGCCUUCCGGGCCCGCUGCAGCCCGGGCGGCUCCUGGCCGGGGUGAAGUCGGGAGGCCGCAGCCACGGGAAAGCCGUCCUCAGCGGCGGGGGGCGCCCAACGCUUCGGCAUCUUCCCGCUCCUGCCCGGGGCCCGCCGUGCAGUAACUAGAGAAACUCAAUAAAUGUGCAAAAGGGC